AUGGGGAAUCUUGAAGCUGAAGUUUGGCUUUGCACUGCUAUGAAAGUCGAGAUGUUGGGCCUUCCCAUCGACCUUAAUAUUGCAUUGAGGGCCGAACUCAGUGUCUGUGGAAGAGAAGGUGCUCCUGAAUACAAUUGCAGUGCAUUGCAUAGACAAAUUGCUUUUUAUUGUUUUCCCAACGAUGGUAGCGCUCAAAGCUAUUAUGGUACUUGUAAUCCAUUGAGCCUUGGUGUGUGUGUUAAUCUGUUGGGUGGUUUGGUGAAUCUCGACCUCGGCAACGUGCCAACCCAACCAUGCUGCAGUUUGAUCCAUGGGUUGGCUGAUCUUGAAGCUGCGGUUUGCCUUUGCACUGCUGUCCGAGCUAAUGUCUUGGACAUUAAACUCAACCUUCCUAUUUCAUUGAGUCUCUUACUCGAUAAUUGUGGAAGAAGGGUGGCUACUGAGUACAUUUGCGCUCCAUAA